AUGAAUUUUGAUACCACCGGCAUCCACCAGCUACAGGCUGUGCAAGCAUUGGCAUCGUCGUUGAAGGCCACUCGCACUGCUCACUUGCCGCUUUUGGUACUUUACACGGACCAGGUAUCUGCCAAUACGGUUUCACGUUUAGAAGCCGACGCUUCGGUGGCAGUGCGAGCGGUUGAAGCCAUUCCCAACCCGCAUAGCACUGACGUGCCUGGCUGGGUUAACUCUGGCUUCACGAAGCUGCGGAUAUGGGAGCAAGAUGACUUUGCAAAGCUGGUUUACAUAGACGCGGAUUGUUUGGUUCUUGACAACAUCGACGACUUGUUUGGCCGGCCCUGCCCAGCUUUUGCCCCCGAUGUUUUUCCGCCCGACAAGUUUAACGCUGGCGUCAUUGUGCUUGAGCCCAGCAAGGUGGUAUUUCAGGAGAUGAUCAUGCAGUGCGAGAAACUACCAUCACAUGACGGAGGUGACACUGGCUUCCUGAAUUCCUUCUACCCUGACUGGUUCUCUUGGCCUGCGGAGCAGCGACUGCCCUUCCGGUACAAUGCGCUGAGGACAAUGUACUGGUUUACUCAUGCGAAUCCUGGAUAUUGGCAAUCCUUGAUGCCACUCAAGGUGUUGCAUUUCUGUUCAUCGCCAAAGCCGUGGGAUGCGGAAGCCAAGAAGGGCGACCUGGAGCAGAUUCUCAGAUUCAUCCAUCAUCUUAGGUGCUCGCAGCGUGCGAAUCGAUGA